AUGGCUCUUCCAGUUGAUGGCAAUUCUCCUCCCAAGACCUUGACGGUUUCCUACGACGACCAGCGUCGCACCCAACUCUUUCUCACAGAUCAAAUUCCAACAUGGUUUGCUGUUGCAGGUUAUGUUGCUAUUGCUGCUGUCUCUACUGCUACUCUUCCACACAUCUUUCCCCAACUGAAGUGGUACUAUAUAUUGGUCAUCUAUGCUUGUGCACCAACUUUAGCAUUCUGUAAUGCUUACGGAUGCGGACUAACAGAUUGGUCCCUCGCAUCCACCUAUGGAAAACUUGCCAUUUUCACGAUUGGGGCAUGGGCCGGAGCCGCACAUGGUGGAGUUUUAGCAGGGCUAGCAUCAUGUGGAGUCAUGAUGAACAUUGUCUCAACAGCAUCUGAUCUGAUGCAAGAUUUCAAGACAGGCUACCUAACCCUGGCUUCACCUAGAUCCAUGUUUAUCAGCCAAGUCAUUGGCACAGCAAUGGGUUGUGUAAUCUCUCCGUGUGUCUUUUGGCUCUUCUACAAGGCUUUUGAUGACCUUGGCCUUCCUGGAAGUCAAUAUCCUGCUCCUUUCGCUAUUGUGUACCGUAAUAUGGCUAUAUUGGGGGUAGAGGGUUUUUCAACUCUGCCAAAGAAUUGCCUUAAGCUUUGUUACAUCUUCUUCUGUGGAGCUAUCCUCAUAAACAUAUUCAAGGAUGUAAUGGAGAAAAAAAGCAACAAGUUCGCAAAGUUCAUUCCUCUUCCAAUGGCUAUGGCCAUACCUUUCUAUAUCGGGCCAUAUUUUGCCAUUGAUAUGUGUGUUGGAAGCCUGAUUUUGUUCGUUUGGGGAAAGAUAAACAAGGCCAAGGCAGAUGCUUUUGCACCAGCUGUAGCUUCUGGUUUAAUUUGUGGAGAUGGAAUAUGGACUUUGCCCAGCUCAAUACUUGCUCUUGCAGGGGUUAAAGCACCAAUUUGUAUGAGGUUCUUCUCUAGGUCAACUAAUACCAGGAUAGAUAACUGGUUAGGAUCCUAG